AGCUCGUGGAAAAGUUCGGACGGUCGGGUUCUGCUCCGGAGGUUCGGUCUGACUGCAGCUCGUCUCCUUCCCGCUCGGCGCGGCUGAUUCAUCCUUCUGGACCGAACCGGUUCUUCCCGGUACCGCCGGACCGGAACUCCUCCGUCCGUCCCUGAAGCCAGAGUUCGGGUUCGGUUCCGAGCCCACAGCGCAGUGGUUGGAAGUUUUUCAUCCCGACCCGGAGGUUCCCGGUCCAGUAUGGCGUGGAGGAUCCCGGUUCUGCUGUCAAUCAUCUGUGUCCAUCUGGCAGCGGGAGUCCCGGACGGAGCGGAUGUCCAAGGUGUCUCCUCCUCCUCCUCCUCCUCCUCCUCCUCAGUGAUCGACCUCCUCAGCCUGCAGGACUCCCAGCAGGGCUCGGCGGCGGCGGCGGUGCAGAAGCUGGCGGGCGGUCUGAGCGCGCUCAGUGACGUGUACCUGGUGUCCACCUUCAGGCUGCCUCAGAAGAUGGGCGGAGUUCUGUUCGGACUCUACAACAAGCAGGACAACAGGAAGUACCUGGAGGUCGCCGUCAUGGGCAAGAUCAACAAAGUUCUGGUCCGGUACGUGAAAGCGGACGGGAAGCUGCACACGGCCAACCUGCAGAACUCCCACCUGGCCGACGGGCGGACCCACUCCGUCAUGGUGAGGCUGGGCGGGCUGCAGCGCAGCAGCCUGCAGGCGGAGCUCUACGUCGACUGCCGAUUGGCCGACACCGCCCAGGGCCUGCCGCCAUUGGUCCCUCUGCCCAGGGAGGCGGAGCUUGUGGAGAUCCGCCACGGGCAGAAGUCUUACGUCCGCCUGCAGGGGGCGGUGGACUCCCUCCGCCUGGCUCUGGGGGGCAGCGUGGCUCAAGCUGGAGCUCUGACCGACUGUCCGUUCCAGGGAGACGCGUCGGCCUACAACUCAGUGAGCGGGGAGCUCCACUCCAUCCUGGGUGAGCACACGAAGGCUCUGAUUGGUCAGCUCAUCAUCUUCAACCAGAUCCUGGGAGAGCUGCGGCAGGACAUCAGAGAACAGGUGAAGGAGAUGUCUCUGAUCAGGAACACCAUCCUGGAGUGUCAGGUUUGUGGUUUCCACGAGCCGCGUUCCCGCUGCUCCCCCAACCCGUGCUACAAAGGUGUGUCCUGCAUGGACAGUCUGCAGUACCCGGGGUACACCUGUGGACCGUGUCCACCUGGAACCAGCGGGAACGGGACACACUGCAUGGACAUUGACGAGUGUGAGCUGCAGCCCUGCUACUCUCCUGAAGCCUGUCUCAACACCAUGGGGGGCUUCAGCUGUAAACCCUGUCCUCCUGGUCUGUGGGGGGCGCCGCUCGCUGGAUCUGGACUGGACUACGCCAAGUCCAACAAACAGGAAUGUGUGGAUGUUGACGAGUGCAUCGACCUUCCUGACGCCUGCGUCUCCAACUCUGUCUGCAUCAACUCUGUGGACAACUGUGUCCUCACACCCAACUCCGGUCAGGAGGACGCCGACAACGACGGGAUCGGAGACCAGUGUGAUGAGGACGCAGACGGAGACGGCAUCAAAAACGUGGAGGACAACUGUCGUUUAGUCCCCAACAAAGACCAGCAGAACUCGGACAGUGACUCGUUCGGAGACUCGUGCGACAACUGUCCCACCGUGUCCAACAGCGAUCAGAAAGACACGGACAACAACGGACAAGGAGACGCCUGCGACCAGGACAUCGAUGGAGACGGUAUUCCCAACGUUCUGGACAACUGUCCAAAGGUCCCGAACCCCAUGCAGACUGACAGAGACAGGGACGGAGUCGGAGACGCCUGCGACAGCUGUCCUGAACUCAGCAACCCCAUGCAGACGGACGUGGACAACGACCUGGUGGGAGACAUCUGUGACACCAACCAGGACACGGACGGGGACGGACACCAGGACACCAGAGACAACUGUCCCGACAUCCCCAACAGCUCCCAGCUGGACUCGGACAACGACGGCCUCGGAGACGACUGCGACCACGACGACGACAACGACGGCGUCCUCGACGACUUCGACAACUGCAGACUGAUCAUCAACCCCAACCAGAAGGACUCCGACGCCAACGGCGUCGGAGACGUCUGUGAGAACGACUUCGAUAACGACGCGGUGCUGGACCAGGUGGACGCGUGUCCAGAGAGCGCCGAGGUCACGCUCACGGACUUCAGGGCCUACCAGACCGUGAUCCUGGACCCCGAGGGCGACGCCCAGAUUGAUCCGAACUGGGUGGUUCUGAAUCAGGGGAUGGAGAUCGUUCAGACGAUGAACAGUGAUCCUGGUUUGGCCGUUGGCUACACGGCGUUUAACGGCGUGGACUUCGAGGGGACGUUCCACGUCAACACGGUGACGGACGACGACUACGCGGGCUUCGUGUUCAGCUACCAGGACUCGUCCAGCUUCUACGUGGUGAUGUGGAAGCAGACGGAGCAGGCCUACUGGCAGAGCAUCCCCUUCAGGGCCACGGCCCAGCCCGCCCUGCAGCUCAAGGCGGUGAAGUCCAGAACCGGGCCUGGGGAGUUCCUGAGGAACGCACUGUGGCACACCGGAGACACAACCGGAGAGGUGAAGCUGCUCUGGAAGGAUCCUCGAAACAUCGGCUGGAAGGACAAAACCUCGUACCGCUGGCAGCUCAGCCACCGGCCGCAGGUCGGGUACAUCAGGGUGAAGCUGUUCGAGGGGACCGACCUGGUUGCGGACUCUGAGGUGGUCGUCGACACGACGAUGAGAGGAGGACGACUCGGAGUUUUCUGCUUCUCCCAGGAGAACAUCAUCUGGUCCAACCUGCGCUACAGAUGUAACGACUCGGUGCCUGAAGACUUCAAGACUCACCGUAAACAAGUGGUGAUGCACAUCCAGGUCUGAGAGCAAGACCGGAUCAGAACCCUGAGGUCCCUCAGUGUGUGUGUGUGUGUGUGUGUGUGUGUGUGUGUGUGUGUGUG